GCGGCUAGCAUGAUGUAAAGGACAGGAUGUGCAUCAGUGGAGGAAUGAGAACGCACACAGACGAAUUAGCCAAGAAGGACAGCGUGUGAAGGAUAGUGAUUCACGAUCACCGUGACUUUCCCUGCCGAAGCGUUUCACACGUCACGCUUCUUUCCUACCGCUAGUGGCGCACCUGGACACUUCAUUCACUUUCCCUCGUCUGCAGCCUGAUCGUGCCAGCGGUGACCAGUCAGCCGUUUAUUUAGUUAACUUCCCGGUGCUUUCAAUCAAACAAGCGUCCCAUCCCGAGGGACAGAGAUCAAGGCAGGGCCAUUUGAUUUGUCAUCUUCAGCCUGACACGCAGUGCCUCUUUUUUACUCCUGUUUGUAUUCAUUUCAACGAGUUUAGCAGUGACGAGCAGACGAUACUCUUAUUGGUUGAACUUCCACCUUGGAGAUUUCCGCGCGCGCAGCAGGCUCCACUCACCGUCGACUCACCGCGUGCGCGUUACCCAACAUCAAACGAUCAUCAGUUCGCAUUCAUCCACUCUGCGCCGGGCUUACAGGUUGCGAUUAGUCGAUGCAGAGGGAACGUAAAUUCGUCAUCAGGCUGGAGGACAGGCGUACGAGAGCCGGCGGGUUCCCCGGAGAUGAUUGAUGUGAGAUCUUGAAGGCUAGCGUAAACAGAGUACAGACCUCGUCUGACCGUGGUCGGCUUGCUACGUGACUUACUGUCCGUAUGAUCUCUGCAGUGCAGAAUCUCCUCGGAUUCCAGGAUUUCGACUCUUUAAGCAUCACGCUGUUAUUUCUUGAAUGCACUCUUAUAAUUUUUGUCCAGGGUGGUUCUGCGAAGUGAGCAACUCGUUAGGAAGACCAUGUUUACACCGAUUGGAAAAGAUCCAUGUUAUCAAAAAGGCAUUCAAGUAAACUUGGCGUCGCAGGCUAACGUGGACGGGUCUUAUAGCCCACUGAUAAUUUCAUGUCGAAAGGCACUGUGUAUUCGCAAUGGAUCCUUAUUCACUUUGACGGUGAUUCAGUUUUGAGUCAAACCAUGUUUCGAUGAUUGCAGUGCGAAGUCGAUUGACAAAGAGUUUUUUUUUUCUGAUACUGUUUAGUGUGAGUGUGGGUCAACAUGUACGGACUUUUAGUGGAAAACACCAUUGAGGUGAUUAAAAAAACGUACGGCGAGGAAGCGUGGCUGAUUAUCCGCGAGAAGUCGCGCAUCCACGAGUACACGUACGUGACGCACCGCAUGUACAGCGAGCGGAUCAUCCCGCGGCUGGCCCAGGCCGUCAGCGAGUACGCCGGCUGCACCGCCGAGGAAUUCAUGGAUCUCACGGGCAAGGAGUUCGUCAAAUUCCUCAGUAAGUACGGGUACGAUAGGAUGCUUCGCGUGCUGGGCCGGAGCAUGAGCGACUUCAUGAACGGCUUGGACAACCUCCACGAGUAUCUUCGCUUCAGUUACCCCAAAAUGAAGCCGCCAAGCUUCUUCUGCUCGGACGAAAGCAGCCAGGGGUUGACCCUCCACUACAGGUCACGCAGGCCGGGUUAUUUGCAUUAUGUCAAAGGUCAACUGAAAUCCGUCGGGCGGAUGUUCUACAACCUCGACGUCGCUGUGCAGGUGAUGUCUGAGGAAACUCGUGGUGACACGACUUUUGUGGUCUUCAAACUUUUGUUUGACAAUAAAGAGUUUAUGGAGAGGGACAGGCACAGCUAUGCACUGGAGAAAUCUUCGGUCGUGAAGGCAUCGCUGUUCUUUGACCUGUUUCCGUUUCACAUCAUGUUUGACCGGAAGAUGAAGAUCAAGAAUAUUGGUAAGUACGCAGUCUGA